AUGCCGGGUGCCAGAUUCCUGGUUCGAGUUCUUGCCUUGCUCCUCUGCCUGCUAUCCAGUCUCCAACGAGUAAGCACCAACCAGGUGUCUGGGGAGGUAAGGGACCUUUGUUCCAAUACUUACGGUGCCAUUGGUGUCUCCCCAUCCCUGUCUGACCUGAAUAGAAACUGUCCCAUGGGAUUCACAUGCUGUGAGAGUGGAUGCUGCCCGGAGAAGAAAAACAUAUGGAAUUUUUCCAACAACGAUUUAAGGAUCUUGUUCAUUGUCUCCCGUGUCAUGUUACCACUGUUGUUCAUCUGUGUCUUGGUCAUCUUGAAUACUGAAGAACCACCUCCUCCAUACAGCCUCAGGCCUGAGGACCCUGCUGGUCAAAUGAGAUGCACUUACAGCACAGCCUUUUGA